AAUUUGACACCUCCCAUCUAAGCAGUUGGAAACUGAAUUGCAAUUAAAUAUUUGAAAGCAAGAAAGCUUCGAAAGGCUGGUGGUAAUUAUUUUAUAAGGGUCAAUGAAGAGUCGGGCCAAAUACGAGUCCCUGUUUGAGCAGUUUAGAAGAGUUUUAAAAAUCCACAGGAGGAAAAAAAAAAAAAAGAGAAGUCAAACUGAACAACCCACGAAACGGCCCAACUUGAGCCAACGCCCCCUUAGGAGAAACAGAAACGUAGCAGCGCGCAUGCGCCAGAACGAUUUCCCCUCUCUUCACGCAGUCUCCGCGGUAGGACCCGCGUUUUCUUAAGAAGGAGGUUCCUAAUUGUUAAGCUUCAGAAAGCGUGAAGCACGAAUAUAGGAGAGGUGGAGUUACGGCACAAUCACAUGAUUUAUGGUCCAAAGAUGGCCGGAGAGGACUUCGUUGUCGGGGAGGCCGCUGCCGCCGCCGCUACUACCACGACUCAGUCUCCGAAGCACAAACAUUCUCAUCUUGGGGGGAGCCGUUUCCGUCCUCAGGAGCAGAUAUUCAUCUGCUCGUUCCCAUUUUGCGAUGCCACCUUCAACCGGGGCUGGAAACUGGACGCACACCUGUGUCGGCACACGGGACAGCGACCCUUUGUUUGCAUUUUUGAAGGCUGUGGAAAAGGCUUCACUAGAGGUUUCCACCUUAAGCGUCAUUUUCUUACACACACUGGAGAAAAACAAUUUGUAUGCACAGUAGAUGGUUGCAAUAAAAAGUUUAUAACAAAAUCAAAUUUGAACAAGCAUGUUCUACGGAGACAUCAUCAGAGAAAAUAUGUAUGUGACUUUGAAAAUUGUGGGCAAUCUUUUAAAAAGCACCAGCAGUUAAAAAUACAUCAGUCUCAACACACUGGUGAACCAUUUUUCAAAUGUGGUCAUGAAGAAUGUGGAAAGCGCUUUUCUUCACCCAGCCAUUUAAAACGUCAUGAGAAGAUUCAUCAAGGUUAUGCAUGCAAAAAAGAGAGUUGUUUGUUUGUUGGAAAAACCUGGUCAGAAUACCUGAAACACAUGAGACUCAGUCAUGUGGAACCAGUUACCUGUCAAGUGUGUUCCAAAACAUUGACUCGCAAAGAUUAUCUGAAAUGUCACAUGAAAACACAUGCCGUUGACAGAGAAGUUUUUAAAUGUCCAAAGGAGGGCUGUAAAAGAACAUACACAACUGUGUUCAACCUUCAAAGUCAUAUUCACUCAUUUCAUGAGGCAAGAAAACCUUUUAUGUGUGACCACCCUGGCUGCGGGAAGAUUUUUGCAAUGAAACAAAGCCUCAUAAGGCACAUGGUACUACACGAUCCUAAUAAGAAAAGGUUGGACAAAAAAAAACCACAGCAAAAGCGGAGCCUGGCCUCUCACCUCAGUGGAUAUAUCCCUCCAAAAGUAGAGCGAAGAAAUUUAUCUUCAGUGGAAGAAUCUGUACCCGCAUCUGUAGCAAGCUGCAAACAGCAGGCUGCUGAUGGCUGAAAUGCUAUUCGUUGACAACAGUUUUAAAUGUACCUAACAGUCAUCAUGAGACAUGCCCACAGGAAAUGGCUUUGAGAAGG